GCCACCACGUCACAGCUUAACACUUCCGAGCUUGGAACUUCUCUUCUCAUCCCACUUCAUCUCAAGCUAGGUACUCUUAGACAACUAUCAUAUUGCACAACAUUCGCAGUGCGCAAUACUUCUACCAGAUAUCGAAAAGUUUGCCCAUUAAUUGUAGCUACUAAGGUACUUUGAAAGCUACACAUACAAAAUGUCCUCAAAAAUCGAUAAGAUCAUUGCGCGUCUGCAAGAAAAGUUCGUCGUCCCCUCAUCCCCCUCAAAAACCUUCCUCCCCAAUAGAAAUAAACCUAACCCAUACCCCCCCAGAACAACAGAAGGCAACUACUACGAAGCCCACCAACAAACCCGCGUCGUCGCCUCCCGCUACAUAAAAUCUCAAAACUACCCCGCCGCAACAGACAUCCUCUAUAAUGUAUCACUCUCCCUCCUCCAAGCCUCCCAAGGCGGCUCCGGCGGCGACCUCGCCCUCUUCUUACUCGAAGUCUACAAUCUCUCCUCCUUAUCCUGCGAUCCUUCAUCCAAAGGCCGUCUCUUCACACUCUUGCGUGCAUUUUCCCCUGAGGAACCCUCGCGCAAACGAUUUAUUACCGAGAUGGUAGCGUGGAGUUCAAAGAACUCUUUAUAUCCUGCUGGAGAUCCGGAGUUACAUCAUGUGGUGGGGGGAUUGUUGGCUGAGGAGGGGGAGGUCUAUGAUGCGGAGCGACAUUUGGUGUUGGGGACGAAGGAUUCCGCAGAUGUACUGGCCAAGAUGGAGUAUGAGUGGUACCGGGAGGAUGAAAGUCAUACUGCGGCGUUGUAUGCUAGUCGAGCUGUGUUGCCUUAUUUAUUGGUAGGGAAUGUGCGGGAUGCGCGGAAGAGUUUGGGGAUAUUUGGGGAGAGGUUGAGGGGGGAUAAUGUGGGGUUGACGGUGCAGGAAUUGGGGGAGGGGGUGAAUCAGGAUAUUAAGAUCUAUCCGUCUAUUCCGCUGUUGAACUUUUUGGGCUUAUUGUUGGUGGCGGUGCAGAAGGGGAAUUCGUUGGAUUUCAAACAGCUGACGAAGAAAUAUGCGGGACAUAUGAAGGAUACGGGCGAGUUGUGGGAUGAGGCUCUCUUGGGGAUUGCGGAGAUGUAUUUUGGGAUUCAGAGGCCGAGACAGGGAAAUCCGUUGUUGGAUAUGAUGGGGAGUAUGUUUGGGGGUGGGAUGGGCGGUGGUCAGCAGCAACAGGGGACUAGGAGGAUUGGACAGACGGGAGCAGCACCGGUGGCGGAGGGCUUGGAUUAGAGGGUUUUGUAUUGCGUGAGGGGUUAAUGGGGAUGGGAAGAUGAAUUCACACUGCUGUACAGUCGUACAAAUUUGGAGAAAGAUCCAAUAGAUACCAAUACCAGGACUCCUAAAACUAGCCGCAAUUUGUAGGGCUAACCCUGGGUAUACCAA